AUAUUCGGGCCCUGCGUGCCCCCCAUCCGCUUGGAGAGGUACCGGGAUGUCUUCAAGCAGCAUGGGUACCAUGUGGCCAGGGAUGCCGCCUCGCUGGACAGCCACCGCCUGCAGCAGAUUGGCAUCACUGCCACCGGGCACCGCAAAAGGAUCCUGAACUUGGCGCAGCAGACACGGAUGCUCGGUCAAUCCCAAGGGGGACCCGCAGCAGGAGACCCCCUUCGCCGAGCCACUGAGGUCCCUGAUACCCCCCAGGCAGGCAAGGAUGCCAUGAAAGCAGAGCCGGGAGGGGCUACUGACACCUUUGGGACGCAGCAGCGUGUCACUGCGCCCGCCCAGGCGUUGCCUCUAGAGAAGGACCCUGCUCCUCCCCUCCCGAAGCCGGUUCCCAAGCCCCGGACAGAUUUCCCUCGCUCAAGACGGAGGGGCGCUCGGGAGGAGACACGCCCCCCCCCAGCUCCGGAUCAUGGACAAACUCUGGAGGCAUUGGAGGAAUCCUCCCCAUCCGCGCCGUCCGUCCCUCCACGGCACAGCCACAGGGUCCCGGCAGCUGAGCCCAGCCCUGGGAGCACGGCAGAGGGUCACCCCGUGGCCAGCACCCCCCUGCCCGCUGCAGCCACCCCAGCUAGGAGAGACCCCUCGCUGUGCCCCAGGGCAUCCUCGCAGGUGGGCUCGGGGCAGGGCAGGUUGGAGAUGGUGUCCAACGUCAUCUACGAAGGACUCAAGCCCCUGUCAGCCGCCGCGGAGGACUCGGGAGGAGAGGAUGGUCCCCAGGGCCAGGCUCUCGCUCGGCCCCUGGCUCUACCCCCGCAGGAGCUGACCCAGCCAGAGGACAAGCCUGACAGUCCCGGCUGGCCCAGCGGGGGCUUGCCCCCCAUCCCACAGAGACCCACCGGCAAGCCAGCGUCCCACCGGCUGCAGCUGGGUGUUGGCAUCUCCUCCGAUCAGAACUACGAGGCAGUGUCUGAGCUGGACCUGGAGCGAGAAGCGUGCAGGACGAGCAGCGAGUGCAGCAGCGAGGGGAGGAGCGAGGAUGAGGAGACCCGCUCCCGGCUCAUAGACCGCAUCGUCCAGAACGACACAGAGGGGUACUCCACCGUGGAGGCACCGCGGGCCGAGAGCGCCCCGUUCAGCCUGCCAGCCCACCUCUACCCGGAUGAGGUCCUGGACGACCUCACCAUCUCCCCUUACGCCAGCUUCACGUCGCUCUCCGAGCCCCGGCCCACCAUGCUCAGCGGCUGGCUGGACAAGCUCCCCCUGCAGGGGAACUACGUCUUCCAGAGGCGCUACGUCCGUUUCGACGGGAAGAACCUGAUGUACUUCAGCAGUGAGAAGGACCCCUACCCCAAGGGGGUGAUCCCGCUGUCUGUGAUCGAGAUGGCUCGCUCCACCAAGGACAACAAGUUCCAGGUUUUCACCAGCCACCGGAUCUUUGUCUUCCGCGCCGAGAAUGAGGCCCAGAGGAAUGAGUGGUGCUCCACGCUGCAGAAGAAGGUGACAGACCAGCGCCUGGUGGGGUCCCGGCCCCGGCCCGCCAACACCGCUCACUGCCAGAAGUCGGGCACCCUGGAGCUGAAGGGCCAGAAGUCCAAGGUGUUUGCAGCCCUGAGCCUGCCCGAGAUGUGGCUGUACAAGAGCGAGCAGUUCUUUAAAAUGGGCAUCGGCAUCUGCUUGAUUGAGAUGCGUGGCUCUACCAUCCGCGAAGCCAAGAACCGCAGCUUCGAGCUCAUCACCCCCUUCAAAAUAUUCAGCUUUGUGGCGGAGUCGGAGCGGGAGAAGCGGGAGGGGAGGGAGGCCCUGCAGGAGGCCAUAGCCGAGAUGCUCUACGACUACGAGGUGGCGGAGAAGAUCUGGUCCAACAAAGCCAACAAAUACUGUGCAGACUGCUGGGCUCAGAGCCCCGACUGGGCGUCCAUCAACCUGUGCGUGGUCAUCUGCAAGCAGUGUGCAGGCCAGCAUCGCAGCCUGGGCUCCAACAUAUCCAAGGUGCAAAGUCUGAAGCUUGACACCAGCGUCUGGUCCAAUGAAAUCGUGCAGCUCUUCAUUAUGCUGGGAAAUGACCGAGCCAACCGGUUUUGGGCCGCCCACCUCCCUGCCGCCGAAGCCCUCUACCCGGAUGCCAGCCCUGAGCAGAGACGGGACUUCAUCUCCCGCAAGUACCGAGAGGGUCGGUACCGCCUGCCCCAUCCCCACUACGCCACUCAGGAGGAAGUACUCCAGGCACUGUGUGCUGCGGUGGCAGGACCAGCCCUGCUCAAGACCGUCCUGCAGUUCUUCUCGUCCUCAGAGGCUGGGCUGGCGGCUGACCCCACUGCCUACGAGGGGGCCCCUGGGGCCGACCUUUGGUGGGGACCGGAGAGCAAAAGGCCCAGGAACCAUUCAGGGAGCCCCCGGGCACGGGAGCCAGGUCCGGAGGGUGUCUACAACGAGAUCACGCAGCCGGUGACGCACAGCGGGUACCUGUACCGGGCCAUGGCCCCCCCCAAGCUCCCAGGUGCCAAGAAGAGCAAAGAGGACUUCCAGCGCACGUGGUGCUCCCUGGAGAGAGCCCUGCUCUUCUUCGAGACGGAGAAAUGCACCCAGCCCCUGGGCCACAUCGAGAGCGGGGACCUCAUCUCCCUGGGCGUGAGCAAAGCCCAGGCGCUCACCAGCCCCAGCCCCACCGAAAGGUACCCCCAGCCGUGCCCCCGCUGCACGCCCUGUGGGCACACGGAGGGCGAGGGCGGGCGCCCUGCCUUAACCCGGCUCCUCUCUUGCUCUGUCCUGCAGUGGUUCACGCCUGUGAGCUGUCACUGCCUGCUGGGCUACGAGUUCCAGCGCGUGGGCCAGCUGCGCUACAAGUGCAUGCUCAACCCCGAGCGGUGGCAGCAGGCCUUCUUCAUCCUGCAGAAAGCCCACCUCUUCAUCUGCCCCGCCGAGGAUGACGGGGCUGAGGACAGCAUCAACCUCCGGCGGCUGCAGGAGCUCAGUCUGGUUCCCCCCACAGAGACCCCGGAGAAGAAGGAACUGCUGGUCCUGGUGGAGAUGGGGAGGACGUUUUACCUGCAGGGCUUGUCACGGGCAGACUCAGCAGCGUGGUACGCCGACAUCCAGGCAUCGGCGGGGGGCCGGGGCAACGCGCUGCGGGACCAGCAGCUGAGCCGGGGGGACAUCCCCAUCAUCGUGGACAGCUGCAUCGCCUUCAUCACGCAGUACGGGCUGCGGCACGAGGGCAUUUACCGCAAGAACGGAGCCAAGUCCCGGAUCAAGGUACUGAUGGAGGAGUUCCGGCGGGAUGCCCGCAACGUCAAGCUGCGCAUCAAUGACAACUUUAUCGAGGACGUCACCGACGUGCUGAAGAGGUUCUUCCGUGAGCUCGAGGACCCCGUCUUCACCUUGGAGCUGCACCCACAGUGGAAGGAGGCUGCAGAAAUCUCCUCGAAGCCUCAGCGCCUGGAGCGGUACAAGGAGCUCAUUCAUCGCCUGCCUCGCCUCAACCACAAGACCCUGGCUGCCCUGAUCGGGCACCUCUACCGGGUGCAGAAAUGUGCAGACCUCAACCAGAUGAGCACCAAGAACCUGUCGCUGCUCUUCGCACCCAGCCUCUUCCAGACCGAUGGCAAAGGGGAGCACGAGGUCAAGGUGAUGGAAGACCUCAUUGACAACUACGUCAGCAUCUUCAACAUUGACGAGGACCAGGUAUCCCAGAUGGAUCUGGAGAACAGUCUGAUCACCACCUGGAAGGACACCCAGCUCUCGCAGGCAGGGGACCUCAUCAUCGAGGUUUACCUGGAGCAGAAGCUGCCCGACUGCUGCGUCACCCUGAAGGUGUCCCCCACGAUGACGGCAGAGGAGCUCACCAACCAGGUGCUGGAGAUGCGCAAUGUGGCGGCCAGCCUGGACAUCUGGCUGACCUUCGAGGCCCUGGAGAAUGGGGAGCUGGAGCGGCCCCUGCACCCCAAGGAGAAGGUGCUGGAGCAAGCUUUGCAGUGGUGCAAGCUCCCGGAGCCCAGUGCCGCGUACCUGCUGGUGAGGAAGGUCCCCAUCAGCGAGAGCAGUUGUCUCUUCACAGGCACCAGGCGUGAGCCCCCCAACUCCAAGCCGGAGCGCGAGUGGCCCUUGGACGCAGCCAAGGUUUACAUGGGCAUUAGGAAGAAGCUGAAGCCACCAGCGCAGUGGGGUUUCACACUGACCCUGGACAAGCAGCAGCUGUACCUGGUGUGCUCGGGGCAGGCUGAGCUGUGGGACUGGACCACCAGCAUCCUCAAGGCUCAGCACGACGACCUGCGCCCUGUGAUCAUGCGCCGGCGCUCCUCCUCCGACCUCGCCAAGCAGAAGUUCGGCACCAUGCCGCUGGUGCCACUGCACGGGGACAGCACCGACGCCACCAUGCUCUCCGCCAACCAGACCCUGCGCCGCCUGCACACGCGAAGGACUUUGUCCAUGUUCUUUCCCAUGAAGAUGCACCAGGACUCCCUGGAGGAGCAGCAGGAGAAGGAGGCGGACGCCGACCCUGUCUACGAGGAGGUGGGCAACUUCCCUGAGCUGGCCGGCCUGGACCUGGGGCGGGGGCUGCUGGCAGACCUGUCGGCUGUGCCCCCUGUGGAGAGGUCCAAGAAGCUGGCCCCGUUCCCCGAGCAGCCCCCGGCCACGGCGCUGCGCUCCUUGCUGCCCUCCACUCCAGCCCAGAGGGUGGCCGGUCCCUCCGUCACCAAAGCCCUGUCCCUGGAAAGGGGCUUGAACCUGGAGAGCGACAAAGCUCCAGCCCAGGGGCUCAGACCCACCAAAACGGCCUCUCUGGAGAGGAACGUGGAGCAUUCCCUGGCCGGGGACUGGGAGGAGGAAGCCAUGCCAGGGAGCAGCCCCGGCAAGGAGACAUCCCUGGAGUUCUCCAGGAAGCGGAACAUGCAGCCUCCCUCGCGCGUCAGUGACAAACUCAUCCAGGAACUCAGCAGCGUCAUCCUCAGGAAGACCGAGGGCCAGGCACCGGGGCCAGGCCAGCCGGUGACGUGACCCACCGUGCCAAUGGGGCGGCCGCCAACCUGGGGGUCAUGUCGUGCCUGCUGGCAGCGAAGAUGGAUAUGCCACACUCCCACACCGUGGAGCCCUCCUCUUCCUCCUCCUCCUGACCCUGGAGCUGGGCUGGGAGCGGGAUCCAGUGGGGACCAGGGGACUAGUGGGGACUGGGAUGCUGGGGGCGUGGUACCCCCUCUUUGGGGAUGCUGCCACACGUGCCCUGGCUAGUGGGUGGCACGUCUGCCAUCAGGCCCAGUGCCACGGGAAGCAAGUAAAAGGGAAAAUCAAAGCCUGCCCACAUGUUUCGGCAGCACGGCAGGGUGGCAAGCCGGGGGGCAUGUGCGGUGCCUGCCAGAACAGGGCAA